CCUGCACGAAUUUUCACUAUGGAGGGCGGUUCUUUCAUCCGCGAUCAUGUGCUUUCCUGGCCGAAUGUUGCAGCCAUGGUGCUGGUGUAUAUUGUGACUAUUUCGAUUUACCGAUUGACACUGCAUCCACUUGCUCGAAUCCCAGGCCCGAAACUGGCUGCUAUUACGCGUUACUAUGAAGUAUACUAUGACGUUCUCCGCAACGGGCAGUAUACAUUCAAGAUUGCAGAAAUGCACAAGAAAUAUGGGCCUAUAAUUCGCAUCAGUCCCCACGAAUUGCAUGUGAUCGAUCCUGCUUUCUUUGAGAAGCUUUACCGUCAAGAUGGCCGCUGGGAUAAAUAUGAUUGGUCUUAUAGAGCCUUCAGUGCCCCAGGAUCUGCGAUCUGUUCUGGACCUCACGAUAUCCACAAAGCCCGUCGUGCUGCAUUGAAUCCAUUCUUCUCCAAGGCGAGAGUUGGCACCCAACAAGAAAUGAUGGACCGCAGCAUAAUCAUACUCCGCGAAAGACUCUCAGAAUUUGCUGCGACAGGCGGAACAGUAGAUCUCGGAGCAGCUACUAGUGCCUGUACACGCGACAUCGCAUGCGAAUUUCUGAUGGACAAAGCGUAUGAAAACCUAAGAAAAGAAGAUUUUAGUGUUCAGAUUACCAACAUGCUGCAACAAGGAGGCUCGGUCUGGCGUAUAACAAAACACGUACCGUGGUUCGGUCCACUGAUGCGGUCCAUUUCUCCAAGCAUCAUGACCAAGAUCGCGGAUGACGGCACGACAGCUUUCUUAUCAUAUGUUCAGGAGAGUGAACAAGACACCAAGAACCUCCUCAAGGAUGCAGCCUCUUCAUCAAACCCCUCAACCUCCCGCACCAUAGUCCACGAAAUUUACAACUCCAAGCUCCCCACCCCCGAAAAGCAAUACAAGCGCGUCGCAGACGAAGUCUUCACCAUAACCGGCGCGGGCUUUGAAACAACCGCGAGCGCACUUCGUCUAAUCAUCUACCACAUCUACGCAAACCCACCCAUCCUCGCGAAACUUCGCGAAGAGCUCGCACCCCUCGCUGCUUCCUCCUCAGCCGCCGACGGACUCCCCGCUUACCCUGAUCUCAAACUCAGAUCUCUGGAACAAUCUCAGUAUCUCACAUGUAUUAUCAUGGAGGGUAUGCGCCUAAGUCCCGCUCUCGGUUCCCGAAUGGCGCGCAUCGCGCCUGAUCGAGAUAUUUUCUACGGCGACGACAAUGUGCGCAUACCUGCUGGCACACCUGUCGGUAUGACGACUAUCCUCAUGCACACGGAUAAGAGUAUAUAUCCGGACCCGCUGUCGUUUGUGCCGGAGCGAUGGAUGCAUCUAGAGAAGCGGAGGCAAUUGGAGAAGACGUAUGCACCAUUCUCGAAGGGUACAAGGAAUUGUUUGGGGAUGCAGUAUGCUCCGUUCCCUUCACUUUUCUUCCUGCUUUUCAGUCACCAUUCCAUUCUUUUCUCUGGAUAG